CAAGUCGCAGCUUCGCAAAAAGUUAUUUUUCUGCGAAAUUACAUUGUGCAAAGACUCGGAAGUUAAAUUUGAUAAGCUUCUUUACGAAGAACCCACUACGCACACGAGCAAACGUAAACUAGUAGGUGACCUAAACAGUUCUAAAAGACUGCCUGGCGCUGUGAACAUUUGUGCAGAAAUGGACGAAUUGCACAUCGAUCAUUACGGUGAAGUAAUCAUUUGUCCCUACAACAAGGCCCAUGUUAUUCCGGCUGCACGUAUUCAACGGCAUUUGUUCAAAUGCAGACGCCAAUACCCGAAUGCAAACAUCGACAUUUGUUGCUUUAACCGUGCGCACCACGUCCCGCAAAAGGACUUACAGCAGCAUCAGAAAAAUUGCCCUGACCGUGCAAUAAUUGAGGUAUGCAAGUACGUCAUAGAAGAUGGUACUGCCAGCUUGUACAAUCCUUCACCGAUGGAAGAGCAAGAUCCGGGACAGCAAGUUGCUGCGGCACGGUACAACGAGCAGGAUGAAAACUGGGAUGAUAUGGACGCUCCACGCUACGAUCCAGAGCAAUACUGCAAACAAAAUCCCGUCGUCCGAAAGACUAUGCACAUGACACCAUCCGAGAAACGGAAUUUCCGAGAGAAAGAACGCAUUCGUAUCGCUACGUUGAACAAAGCUAUGGAAAGCAAGGGUUCGGCUUUCGGAGCUUCUAAGUAACACUACCAAAACUAUUACAAACGUUUGUUAUUUUUUUAUAAUGGAAUAAAUAAUUUGACAAUAGAUAACAAAGUUUUAGUAAGGUAUUUGGGAUAUAAAAACAAUUAUUUUCAUAUUAUGUUUGAUCCUUUGAUGGUUA